AUGUUAAAAAUCAAGAAACGAGGACAUCAAGAUCUUGAGUUGGGAUUGACCCUUUUGCCACGUGGUACGUCUUCACCAGAGCUUAAUCUCAUCGAUUCUUUCAAAACCAGCUCAUCAUCGACUUCUCAUCAUCGUAAUCAUCAAGAACAUUUGGAAGAUCCGAGAGUGUUCUCGUGCAACUAUUGUCAAAGAAAGUUCUAUAGCUCACAAGCACUAGGCGGCCACCAAAACGCACAUAAACGCGAACGCACUUUAGCCAAACGCGGACAGUACUACAAGAUGAGUCUCUCCACCUCCUCACCUUCUUCAGCAUUUGUGUUUGGCCACGGUCCAGUCAGCAGAUUCGCAAGCAUGGCAUCGUUACCAUUACAUGGCUCGCCGAUUAGUAACAGAUCGACGCUAGGGAUUCAAGCUCAUUCAACAAUCCAUAAUCCCUUUUUAGUAAGACAAACACCGAGUUUAAGUCAUGUUUUCAGACAGGGCAUUCAUCAGAAACCGGCCAUCGGAAAAAUCUUGCCGGAGAAAUUUCACCUUGAAGUCGUCGGUAGUAACAACAACAACAUUAUUGCUGCUAAGUUGGAGAGGAAUGGACAUUUCAAGAGCAAUCAAGAAGAUCAUAAUCAGUUUAAGAAGAUUGACUUGACUCUUAAGCUAUGA